AUGGCGGAGGAACUAUUAUUGGACAAUAAUGGAAAGAUCACAGGGCAUCUUACCAAAUCACUUCUGGCGGUCGCGUUUUUGUCCUCAUUCGGCAGCUCUAUGCUCUAUGGCUACAAUUUGGCAGUGGUCAACUCUCCUUCACAGUACAUUAAGAGCUUCUUCAAUGAGUCUAUCGUGGAGAAUUAUCACUGGAUCCCAGAUGAAGAGCUGUUGACCGUCUUAUACUCCCUCACUGUGUCAGUCUUUGCUAUUGGCGGAAUGACGGGGGCCCUACUGGUGGGCAGACUCGUUACCAAAUAUGGAAGGAGAGGGACAGUGGUGCGAUCUAGUCUGUUGGUGUUCAUAGGAGGAGCUUUAAUGGGCUUUAGCAGAGCAUGCAGGAUGCCUUCGAUGGUCAUCUUUGGACGCUUCAUCACAGGAGUACACUCAGGUAUCUCCCUCAGCGCAGUGCCAAUGUACCUUGGAGAGAUUGCACCUAAAAACCUGAGAGGCUUCCUGGGUCUUGUUCCCAGUAUUCAUAUUUGUAUGGGUGUCUUCAUUGCUCAGGUCCUGGGGCUGCAAGAACUACUGGGACAGGAAGAACACUGGCCCACACUUUUGUCCCUGGUGAUCUUUCCAACAAUAGUCCAGGUAAUGCUUCUGCCAUGGUUUCCAGAGAGUCCAAGGUACCUUCUGAUCGAAAAGGAAAAUGUUCACGCCACUAUUGCAGCAUUGAAGUGGUACCGUACUAAGGGAAAUAUUCAAGCGGAAGUUGAGGAAAUGCAGGAGGAACAACGUUCUUUGUCCUCCAUUAAGACCAUCUCUGUCUGGGGCUUGCUUUUGGACCGCACUGUCCGCUGGCAAGUCAUCACUAUUAUUGUGGUCAACAUUAGCAUGCAGCUGUCUGGUAUCGACGCGAUCUGGUUCUACACAAAUGACAUAUUUAAGAAUGCAGGAAUAUCAGAGGCUUAUAUUCAGUACACAACGGUGGGAACUGGUGCCAUCGAGGUCAUUUCUGGAGUGCUUGGAUGUUUCACCAUUGAUCGUCUGGGCAGAAAACCUCUGAUGAUUGGAGGCUUUCUUUUCAUGGGAGUCUGCUGUGCUGGAAUUACCGUGUCUGUCCUCUUCCAGACAGAGCUACCAUUCAUGCGCUAUAUCAGUGUCGGCUGCGUUGUUGGAAUUAUUGCUGGCUUCUGCAUAGGCCCAGCUGGUGUGCCGUUCCUGCUCACUGCGGAGCUGUUUAAACAGUCACACAGACCGGCUGCUUACACUGUGGCUGGAUGCCUCAACUGGUUGUCAAACUUUACCAUUGGCUUUGUCUUCCCGUUUCUUGAGAUUGCCACAGGUCCCUACUGUUAUCUGAUCUUCUGUGCCAUUUGCUUGGGAGUGGCCGUCUACAGCAUCUUCGUCAUUCCUGAGACCAAGAACAAAACUUUUAUGGAGAUUAGCCAAAUGUUUGCGUCCAGGAACAACAUACUUGAAGAGGAGUUGGUAACCACUGAUCAUUUGAAAAUGUCACUAAUGAAUGGUUAUGGGGCUCUUGAGCAACAAGAUCUACAUUAAAAAUCCAAUUGAAGAAAAAAACUAAGUUGGACUGUUUAUUUUAACUUUGCAUCUUACUUUGACUUUUUUU